AUGUCGCACGACCCAAAUCAACAACAGCCGCAUGGUGGCUCAGGUCAAGGCCAUCACCAACGCCAGCUGACUAACCACGCACAAGGCCAACAUAUCGGUAAGUAUCAAAUCAUCAAGACCUUGGGUGAAGGAUCAUUUGGUAAAGUGAAACUGGCGUACCAUAUCUCUACGGGACAAAAAGUGGCAUUAAAAAUCAUCAAUAAGAAGGUUCUAGCCAAGAGUGAUAUGCAAGGUAGAAUCGAGAGAGAGAUUUCGUACUUACGUUUGUUGAGACAUCCACACAUUAUCAAAUUGUAUGACGUGAUCAAAUCGAAGGACGAAAUUAUCAUGGUGAUUGAGUAUGCUGGUAAUGAAUUAUUUGAUUAUAUUGUCCAAAGAGACAAGAUGCCUGAACAAGAAGCAAGAAGAUUUUUCCAACAGAUUAUUAGCGCAGUAGAUUAUUGUCACCGUCAUAAAAUUGUGCAUAGAGAUUUGAAACCAGAGAAUUUACUAUUAGACGAACAUUUGAACGUUAAGAUUGCUGAUUUUGGUUUAUCUAAUAUAAUGACAGAUGGUAACUUUUUGAAGACUUCAUGUGGUUCUCCAAAUUAUGCGGCCCCAGAAGUCAUCAGCGGUAAACUAUAUGCAGGUCCAGAGGUUGACGUUUGGUCUUCAGGGGUUAUCUUAUACGUCAUGUUGUGUCGUAGGUUACCAUUCGAUGACGAAAGUAUCCCAGUGUUGUUUAAGAACAUUAGCAAUGGUGUUUACACCAUACCUAACUUCCUUUCCCAAGGUGCUGCGAGCUUAAUCAAAAAGAUGCUCAUCGUCAAUCCAGUUAAUAGAAUUACCGUGCAUGAAAUCAUGCAGGAUGAAUGGUUCAAAGUUGAUUUACCCGACUACCUAGUUCCUGCUGAAAGCACCCAUCAAGAAAACUCUGAAAGCAAAACAGAAGAUGGCGGCCCAUCCGUGCCACUCGAACUGAUCGAUGAUUCGUUAGUUCAAACGCUAUCAAACACUAUGGGUUAUGACGUAGAUGAGAUAUAUGAGGCUUUAGAGUCCGAUGAAGAUCAUCCAUCUUUAAAUGAAAUCAGGGAUGCCUAUCAGUUAAUUAAAGAGAACAGAAAUUUAAUCAACGACAUCAAGGUGAACAAGCAACAAUCUAAUGACUUGGAUACUUUCUUAUCGCAAUCUCCACCCACUUUCGAACAAUCCUUGCAUGCCCCCCCGGGCUCAAAAAAUCGACACUCACACCGCCAUUCAAAGAGAACACAGCAACGUACAUAUCAAUAUCAUUAUGGAAAUGGUUCUCAGGAUGGAGACAGCACGAUUGCAAUUUUACCUAGCUCGUUACCACAGAUCCAUAGAGCCAACAUGGUAGCACAAGGGUCCCAGGCUGCUGCUAAGAUUUCACCAUUAAGCGUGAAAAAAUCAAAAACAAGGUGGCAUUUCGGUAUACGAUCAAGAUCCUAUCCAUUAGACGUUAUGGGAGAAAUAUACAUUGCAUUGAAAAACUUGGGAGCCGAAUGGGCGAAACCAUCAGAAGAGGACCUAUGGACUAUUAGAGUCCGUUGGAGAUAUAAUAUCGAUAUGCCUGAUGACGAAAUGAAGAACAAGCAGAUUCCAGAUUUAAUGAAGAUGGUAAUCCAAUUGUUCCAAAUUGAGACAAAUAACUACUUAGUGGAUUUCAAAUUUGAUGGCUGGGAGUCCAGUAACGGUGUAGUGUAUUCAAGUCGGAACGACGAUGAAAUGAGUACGUUCAGUGCAUACCCCUUUCUACAUUUAGCAACCAGGCUGAUUAUGGAACUUGCAGUGAAUAGCCAAGGAAGUUGA